AUGUCUCGACCACGUACUCGCAAACUAUGGUGCGCUGUCCCUAGCAAUCUUAGAGAGCCAUUCUCCGUUGUGUGUUUAUCGGACCAGGACGAUAUUGAGACACUCAAGGAGAAAAUAUGGGAGAAGAUAAAGGAAGAAAUCAAGAAUACUACGCCUCAUUAUGGCAAGCUCACUCUCUACAGCCCUGUGAUGCAACUCAAUCAUGAAGAGGAGUUCAGGAUUGAUGAUGGUGAAUUUCUACAUCCACGCCGAAUGAUCACAUCCAACCCACUCUUCCCCCAAAGCAAAGAUCCAGAUGUGGAUAUUGUUGUUGUUGUGAGCGGAGGUGCCACUACACGGAAACGGAAACGCUCUGAAUCACAAGGUGGUGAGAAUGAUUUUCUUCGUCAGCGCGACCUCAUAUGCCCUCGGGAACAUACAGUGUCAGAGCUUGCGGCCACUUUGGAUGAAGUCAAUAUAGUCCAUAUCCGUGGAACCCCAGCAAGCGGCAAAACACGUCUCUCUGAACUUCUGAGGGACCACUAUCGCAGAGAGGGAAGAAAGGCUUUCUUAAUCACAGACUGGGUAAAACUCAAUCCCAUGGAUCCUUGGGGCAGUUUUGUCAAGCUUAUCAAAAAUUGGGAUGAAGAACUACAAGGUUCUCCCAUCACUAGCCUUACCUCAACUUCAUCAGAACCAAAACAUGAUUCCUCUUCGGUUUUGACAACAAACACUGUUAUUCUCGUGGAUGAAGCACAGAAGACUUACAGUGAUACUGUGCUCUGGAACACGAUCUUCAAAGCAAGACAGAAGUCUUUCUGUGUGUAUAAUUUUCGACUAUGUCUUUUCUGCUCUUACGGCAGCCCAGGCACAGGCCCAGAUCAAACAUUCUUUACUCCAGUUACCCUUUUCAACAAACAACGCAUUUCGUUGACGCCACAAAGCCAGCCAGGCUCACCAUCUAUAGGCUUAUUUUACAGCAAAGAAGAGUUCAAGGAUGUUGUUUCACGAUUGAUUAGGUUUAUCUCUAAGCAAAAGGAAAAGUUCAAUUUUGAUGAAGGUGCCCUGGAAUACAUAUUUGUGCUGUCAGGUGGUCAUCCGGGAGCGGUUGAAUCCCUAGUCAAUGUAAUUUUCGAGAACUACCGCCAUGACAUCAAGCAUAGACAUCUUAGAACCUUGACAGAAGAUCAUAUCAUCUGGUUCCUGGAGGACACCGCCAGAGUCUUUGACAAGCUUAGUAGAGAGUCGGUUGAUCGCUCUUUCCCUCGUAUAGAGAGGUGCACAAGCAAGGUUUCGAACAUAUUGAACAAAAUUACAGAGGAAGGAAGUGUUCCAUUUGAUCUCAAUGAUGCAGACAUCAGGUUCUGUUAUCAGAAUGGUUGGGUUCACAGGGUAGCUCUAGAUGGUGAUGAUAUUGCAGUUCUACCAUCACGCUUACAUGAAAAAUACAUUGAAUAUUCAAUUGGCACAAUGUCGAAGCCCCUGCCUGCCAGUUUUGACUCGCUACAGAAAUUAUGCAAAGAGAUUCUCAGCAAAUUCUCCAUUAUGAACUUGAGGCACUCAGCUGAGGGCAAAAAAAUGUCAACUGCAUCACAACCCAGACCAAUGGAAGCUCAAUAUCAAGCAGAGUUCUACAGGGGCUUUGUCCGUACAGCUGGACAAGGUGUACCGAUAUCCAGUGAAUGGUCAAGAACCAGACAUGGUCGAGUGGAUUUCUAUAUCCCAGAAAAGAAAUGGGCCAUUGAAUUGUUGAGAGAUCAUAUUGAAGUCAAUGGACAUAUCUCUCGAUUCAAAGUGGGUGGAAAAUAUCAUCCCUGGCUAAAAGAAAAUAUGGUCAAGGAUUGGAUCAUAAUUGACUGUGCAACUUCUUUACCAACCAAAGAAUUCUCUGAGCCUAGGCUGUGGCAUGCAGUGUUCAUCAAUGAUUAUUCUGAAUUGCAGCUGUAUAACCAUCAGAGAGCUCUUAUGAUGUCUGUGUAUCUGCAUAAUUGA